CUCGGCGCUCGGCUGGUCGGCCUGGCCCGGCUCGGCGCUCGGCGGGUUGGCCUGGCGCGGCGCGGCCUGGCGGCGGUGUGGAGCAGGCGGGCGGCGCGGUGCGGCGGGGCUCGGCGGGAUGGUGAAGCUCACGGCGGAGCUGAUCGAGCAGGCGGCGCAGUACACCAACGCCGUCCGCGACCGCGAGCUCGACCUGCGCGGCUACAAAAUCCCUGUUAUUGAGAACUUGGGUGCCACCCUGGACCAGUUCGAUGCAAUUGAUUUCUCUGACAAUGAGAUCCGUAAACUGGAUGGGUUCCCUCUGUUGAGAAGGCUGAAAACUCUUCUGAUGAAUAACAAUAGGAUUUGUCGGAUUGGUGAAAACCUUGAACAGGCUCUGCCCAGCCUGACAGAGCUCAUUCUUACCAACAACAACAUUGCUGAAUUGGGUGAACUGGAUCCGUUAUCAACUAUUAAAUCACUGACUUACCUGAGCAUUUUAAGGAAUCCUGUAACAAAUAAGAAGCAUUACAGAUUAUAUGUAAUCCACAAAGUUCCACAGGUCAGAGUGCUGGAUUUUCAAAAAGUGAAACUCAAAGAGCGACAGGAGGCAGAGAAAAUGUUCAAGGGCAAACGGGGUGCACAGCUUGCAAAGGAUAUUGCCAGGAGAACAAAAACCUUCAAUCCAGGUGCUGGUCUGCCAACUGACAAAAAGAAAGCUGGGCCCUCCCCAGGGGACGUUGAGGCAAUUAAGACUGCUAUAGCAAAUGCCACGACUCUGGCUGAAGUGGAGCGACUGAAAGGCUUACUGCAGGCCGGUCAGAUUCCUGGCAGAGAACGAAAAUCAGGCCCCUCGGAGGACGCUGAGGAAGAAAUGGAAGAAGACACGGUUCCCAACGGAUCUUGAGCCCAGGCCGUGCCCGAGGCCCAGCGCUUCUCCCCGAGAGCCCCCUCCUCUCCACCUGCCCUUCUCCCUGCAGGGGGGCUCAGGCCGGCCCCGCCGCCGCCGGCCCCCCGUACCCUGACCUUGCGCAUUUCGGCGUUCAAUAAACGGACGUUUCCUUUUU